GAAGCGCGGUGUUCGUCAGCUGUCGAUUGUUUACAAUUUUGCGGAUGCGUUUGGAGGACCAACCAAGAAGAUGGAUCAAACUCCCAAGAAUCACAACGAGCAGCAGCAUGAGGUUACCGGAGUGUCGCGCAGUGGACGGGUUUGCAAGAAACCAUCCAAACUAAUGGACUUUCAGUCUCCGGAUGUAAUUGAGCUAAAGCCGAAGAAGGCGGGACCACAGUAUCGAACGGGUGUGAAACUAUUCGGGCAUCAGGAUGACGGCCACGGACCGCAUGAUGAUCCGCACACCGAAUCCGACGAGCACGGUUCCAACGGCUCGAGUGCAAGCGAAUCGUCGAGUAGCGGUGAAGAUGAGACAAUCGAUUAUGGCGACGAAUAUUGUCCCACGGCAGAGGACAUGGACGGAAGCGAAGGUGAGCUGAUGAUUGAUGCUUCGUACAAACAGCACCACGCAACGGAUAAGGCACGGAAGCCUACUAAACGAAAAGUGAGGAAGCAUUCGAAAAGCGAUACCGGCCGGCCCUCACAAACGAAACGUCGAAAAUCGAAGAAACACUCGAAAAGCAGCGCAUACCGGAAGAAGGACAAGCAAGGAGGUACAUUCAAACCACCAGGAUAUCAGCCAACGGAUGUUGCGGCACAUCUUACACUGCUCGGCGAUAGCCUAACGCUCAUUGGCGAACGGUUAAAGGAGCAUGAGGGCCAAAUUGCCGUCUCCGGUAGCCUUUCGGUGCUGCUCGAUAGCUUGAUCUGUUCGCUGGGACCACUGAUGUGUUUAACGCUGCAGAUACCGGGCAUCGAGCGGAACUCGGAACAUCUGAAAAAUCUGUUCCAAAACACCCUCGACAACAUUGCCUACGUUAUGCCGGGCCUGUAGCAGAAGGGGCUA